AUGAUGCAGAACUGCUGGUUUAGAACUCUUGAUAUUCCGAUGGCAGACUUAAUUAGAGACGAGCCCGUGUCCGUUUCUUUCUCUGGCUCAGGGUAUUUGGCCACCUAUCAGCUGGGGGUGGUCCAGGGCCUUCGGGAUAACGCACCGUGGGUUCUUCUCCGAGCACCCAGAUUCUACGGAGCCUCUGCGGGGUCACUGGUGGCGGCAGCAGUGGCGUGUGGAGCUGAUAUAGGUCAUGUGAGGGAGGAGAUUUUGGCGCUGACCUGUGGACAUGCUUUUGGAUUUCCGCAGUUUAACAAGUUGGAGCGUGCACUUAGGCGCACGCUGCCCAAAAAUGCCCAUCAGCUGGCCAGCGGGAGGCUGCAUGUGUCCAUGACCCGCAUCCCGGAUGGACACAAUAUCCUGGUGUCGGAAUUUCACUCAAGGGAGGACCUGAUACGGGCUCUUCUGUGCAGCUGUUUUGUCCCGGUGUUCUGUGGGAUGAUUCCGCCUUGCUAUAAAGGAGUGCACUACAUGGAUGGUGGUCUGACUAACAUCCAGCCCAUUCAGGACUCCUGCCCCACAUUGACUGUUUCUCCUUUUGCCGGAGAUGUGGACAUCUGUCCAUCUGACAAAUCCACCAUCUUCUGCAACCUGGUUGUCAACCAACUGUCUGUCCAGGCCACCCUGCCCAACUUCAUCAGAGUGGCCAAUGCGCUGUUCCCUCGCGACUGGGAGGCUAUAAAUAAAGCUUUCUACAAUGGAUACCAGGAUACGCUCUUCUUUCUGCAGCACAGUCGCUCCUUACAACCUUACCGUGGUUUGGUGGCUGAGCUGGAGAGUGUCGUGGUGGAACAAAAGGAGUGGACACUUCCUCAGCUAGAGUUCACUGAGGAGGAAGAACUCGAAGAGGAAGCUAAAGAAUUUGCUCAGGAGAGCCCCCUACAGGGGCUUGUGGAGAACAGUAGCUUGGCUAGGGUUGACUAUUCCUCCGAUCUGGACUGUCUGGACAUGGCCAACAAUAUAAACCCACCAGGGCAGGCACUGGAAGUGCUCAUCUGUAACAUCGUGGCUCAUCUUGGAAUGAUCAGUAUUGUCAGUGAUUACCUGCCGCUGCGGACAAUGCCAUACCUGCUGCUACCGCUAACGCUAACCAUCUGGGCUACCACCACUUUCAUCAACAGGGUUGAGCCGUGGGUCCUCUACACUUAUCAAGUGGCCUACUGGCUUUGGCAGGACCUGAAGCACAUGAUGCGGUUCAUCCUCAACAUCAUAUUGUCCAGUGUGCGCAAAGGUGUUCAACACAAGAUGCCGGCGCUGUUCAUCAUCCAGACUAAAUAUCUGAGUCGUGCAAAAGACCAGCUCAGUGCGUCUUCACCCCUCCGUCAAAAAAGCUCCAUCUUGCAAUCCCACCAUACGCUCCUCUUCGCAUUGGAGAUGAGGAAACGGCAAAGAGAGAGCAAACAGAACGUACCGUAGAUGCUACACGCUCAACAACUGGACAUAUGAAGAUAUAUUACCAACAUGAAUCACCCUCAGCAUUGCAGUGACACUGACGUGGUGGUGUGUUAGUGUGUGUUGUGCUGGUGUGAGUGGAUCAGACACAGCUGUGCUGCUGGAGUUUUUAAACACCUCAGUCUCACUGCUGGACUGAGAACCAAAAACAGCGUCCUGUGACCACUGAUAAAGGACAAGAGGAUGACCAACACAAACUGUGCAGCAGCAGAUGAACUAUUGUCUCUGACUUUACAUCUACAAGGUGGAGCAACAAGGUAGGAGUGUCUAAUAGAGUGGACAGUGAGUGGACACAGUGUUUGAACACUCCAGCAGCACUGCUGUGUCUGAUCCACUCGCACCAGUGCAACACACACUAACACACCAUCACCACGUCAGUGUCACUGCAGUGCUGAGAAUGACCCACCACCCAAAUAACACCUGCUCUGUGGGGGUCCUGAUAAUUGAAGAACAGGGUAACAAAGUAAGCAGAGAAACAGAUGGACUACAGUCUGUAACAGUAGAACUACAAAGUGCUCCUAUAUGGUCAGUGGAGCUGAGUGUAUCAUAUAUAUUGUUUGAGGAUCUGAAGCUGGACGAGGGCUUUGUGGGUGAGAUUAGUGACCCCCAUGACUAACACAAUCUCUUUAACUGUCUUUAUCAGAGGGUCUUGUUCUGUCAUGCUUUAAUUAAAAGUAACCAGCAGACAAAGACAUUAAAACAUUAAACUCAUUCCUUUCAAUCUUCUUUAUUAACUUAUAGAAAAGAUUCUUCACAUUUUAAUCAGCUUUCUGUUUAUGUAAGCUAUGAAAUGCUGGUAUAUGAGCAUAUGUAAGUAUGUAAGUGUAUUUUUUCCCUUUCUGUAAAAUAUACAUAGUUAUACUGAGGUCAUCUGACAAUAAAAACAAU